AUGGCAGACAGAAAAUUAUUUACGAUGGUAAGAUAAUUUUUUUAGAACGUUGCUAUGAUAAUAUACAUUGUAAAUAUUUUAAAAGUUGUUGACUAUAGUCAAAACUUUUUAGUUUGAAAUCAGGCCUGGAGGCAGGGCAGGGUGCGUUAUGCCUCGUCCUGCUUGAUUUGCAGUGUAGUCUAGGACAUAGGGCCUGUUUUGAACGUUAGUGACAGUAAAGGAUAGGGCAGUGAGUAGGGUAACAGGCUUGGCAUUGCCUUGUCACGAUUGUAAAUGUAUUUUAAUGUCUUGCUGUAUUGCUUGUUUCGCAAGGAAUUGAAAUACAGUACAACAUCUGUAUAAGAAAUCGCUCGGGUAUUUUAAAUAUGUUCGCUAUACGAGAGCUUUUUUGUACAUAACAUGGUAAAAGGCAAACUUUAAACAAAUACUCUAUUUUUGGUAACAAGUUUGGUGUAUCAUACCACAGGGACAAAAAAAUGUAAAGCUUUGCUGCGUAAGCCGGCGUCAUUAGUAACUUAUGUAGUAUAGCUGGAAUAGGUAUACUAAGCUACAAGGGAAGACGUUACAUUGUUGAAUGUAGUUAAAGAAGUGGGAAGGCGUAGAUAUGCACUAGUGCUGCAGGCAAGAGAGGAGAAUUGGCCUCUCUUGCCUGCAGCAAUAGUCCACACCUUCCCUUCAGAUUUUGGCCUCUCGCUUGGCUCUAACCGUAUCCGAACAAAUCUUCUCAAAGAACGCUCAGAACGUUUGCAAAUUGAGGAAAUAACUUGCACUCAUUCCAAACGCUGGCCCUUAAUCAAAAUAACGUCAAUCGAACUCGCCUACAGAAGCGCAAACAAACCCCAAUGGUGUGGAUUCAGAAGACACAAAGUAUAGAUUUUAAGGAAAUUAGACCAAAACGGAAGUAGACUUCGUAUGUAACAGUUUUGAUUAACUACACUAAUCUAAAAAAAUCGAAAUACAAGGGCGUUUGUCAAACAAUCGUUUCCUUCUUGGCCAUGUCGCACGUACAUCGCCGGCUGUACAUACAUGACUAAACUAGGCAGUGGGAUUGAAUAAAACCGCUUGUUUGUUAUUGUUGAGCCAUUUUUCUAGAUAACAUAUUGUUUUAAUCACAUGUCGGAUGUAAGUUAUAGUGUUUUUUGGUGAUUAGCUGAAGUUUUUAGACAAAAAUAGUUUAGGUAUCAGUAAAUAUCAAAAUUUUAAAAAUUAGCUACAGUUCUUAGGCAAAAAUAGUUAAGUAACAGGGGAGAACAAGGGAUUUUAAAAUGAAGCUUUUAUGGCUAGUCAUGAAAUAUGUUAAAGUCGAAAAAGGCUCGGUAACACCUAAAUAAUAAUGUAGUUGCAGCCGCGCGCAAGGUUUGUUACAACUAUAAAGCCUUGGCUAUAGGGCAGGGAAUUAUAAUUUUUUGGCUUUUUACUCCUUUAUCAAGUAGCAGCACAAGGCUAAACCCGCUAUUAAAAUGGCACACAGGAGAGAGGGAUUUUAAACAAGGCAACAUCAGCAGGAACCAAAAAAAGUCAGGUAAGACCUUAACAUUAGGCUUGAUUUUACAAAACCGAAGGCUUAUUCACAGAGCGGGAGAAAUGAUUUGAAAAUUGGUUACAGGGCAAGAACAGGGCAUAGAGCAUGGUUUCAAAAUGGGCGAGAGCAGGGCAUAGGGCAUGAUUUUAAAAUGGGCUUCAGGGCAAGAGCAGGACAUAGUCCAUUUCCAGUUUUACUUAAAACAAUGUCUACAAGGUAGGGCAUGAAAAGUCGCAAUGCCUUGCUGUGUGUCCAAGCCUGACCAGGGGCCUCGUCAAACUAACCAAAGACAUUUUAUUUCCAAAAUGUCUGUGGUUAGUUUGGCAUAGCUAUUUAAAAGUACAGUGGAAUUACCGUAUAGAGAACUCAUUUAUAACGAAAAUCCCGUAUAACGGACAAACUUUGAAUCUUCAAGCGAUUUGUUAUACAGGAGUUCUGCUGUAGAUCUAUUUACAUUCAUUCUUUUCUCGUUCUAGCGACAUACUUGUAUACAAUAGUUAUUGGACGGCUGGUUUUGGUUUAGCAAGCUAUUACCAGCCGGGCCGAUUAUUUAGAAGGAUGACUUUUAGUUUGGAAAACAGUUUUUUUCAACAAUUAACAAGCGUGGGAGUGAAUUAUAACAUGGCAAACAUAAAGCUACAAAAAGAGUUUUGACUCUUGCAAAAGCCAACUUUUCAAACAAAUCAAUUUCUGAAAAAUUGUUGGUCAAAAUUUGAAAAAAGGACAAAUUUGGUUGGACUUCAUUUUUUCCUAGGGAUUUUUACUAUUUAAAUCACUUUAGCUAUUACUUACAAUUAGGCCGGACCCAACUUUUUUACCCAUCUCUUUCAAACUUGUUUUGGUCUAGGCCGAGAUCGGCAUUGCUCAGUGGGCUUUUUUUUAGGUAUAGCUUCAAUAGGUUUAAUUUUUUAAAACUAUAAGUUAUUGCCAUUCUUUAUCAGACCUUUUUAGAUCGCCUUCAAGUUGCACAGCUUAAUCCAACUCAUGCUACGUGUGGUACAAGUAGCCUGUCUUGCUGGCUUAGUCUACAUAGCUUAUGUCAGUUACAUUGACUUUUACAGAAAUGGCAGUUUUAUACUUAAUGGUAAGGGCAAAAUGGUACUAUUGAAUUAAUAAUUGUAAUGAAGUGCUGCUACGAUUAGUAAUGGUCAAGUAUUACUAUAUAGUACCAACUACUAGUGUGAAGAAACAAUUUUUUCUAUUAGUGAUGCUAUAUAGUACUAAUGUACUAAUAGUUGUAAUGAAGUGCUACUACGAUAUAGUACUGGCCAAAUAGUACUAUAUAGUACCAGUGAUUAGUAUGAAGGAACAAAUUUUUGUAUUGAUUAUGCUAUAUAGUACCACUGAACUAAUAGUUGUAAAAACGUGUUACUACGAAUAAAAAAUGUCAUUUCGUAAAGGAGAGUUGACAAAUAAUGGCAUUCCUGUGCAAAAAUUCAAUAAAAAACUUUAUUCUUAGACUAAAUUUGGGCUUAAAAUGACUUUUUAGAUUGACUUUACUGGAAAUGACAUUUUUUAAUUGGUUUUGGUUAGAAAUUGGUAUUUUUUAGUUGAACAUUCGGUAAGAAGUGGCAGUUUUUGCUGAAAAAUAGUAGAAAAAGGCAUUUUGUAGGCAAAAAUCAAGUGCAAACUGCCAUUUUUUAUUGAUAUCGGCUAAAAAUGACAUUUUAAAAUGAAGUAGGGGACAAAUUAUGAUUUUAUGUUUCAGAUGUGAAUCAAGAAAAGACCAUGUCAACAUAUUCCAUCGAGCAAAUGUACAAACAUUACGUUCCAAUACUUAAUGGUAGGUUAUGCAAAUUUGAGAGUGGUCAGGUUGCUAAAUGCCUGAGGGCCGGGCCGAAAAAUUUGGCUAGGCCAGAUAUCUUUAGGCGUCUAACCUACUCUCCCUAGUCCUUGAUACCUAAUAAAACCAACUUUCAGAAACCACACAGCCAAUAUUCAAACCUCACGAAGCAGCACAAGAUCUCAAAUGUUCAGAACUGAUACAAGACUCCACUACCUACAAACCAAUCGUAUUCGAAGACCGAGCCAACUUAUCCAUGACUUGUGAUGACAUCAGAAGCCGAGGGAACUUUGUGAACAAAACUUAUCCAGAUGAACAAGACUUUCCGUUGGCUUUUGUCAGAGCUGUGUUUAAGGUAGGGGAAGUGGCAGAAACUUUGUUUCCAGAUAGAAAUAGAGCGGGAUUUACUUUACAGAAGAGGUAGUGGCAAGAACUUUUUUUACAAAAUGAAAAAUGGCAAAAACUUUCUUUACAGAAUAUAAAAUGGCAAUAACUUUCUUUACAAAACUCAAAGUAACAAAAACUUUCUUUACAAAACCCAAAAUGACAAAAACUUUUUUUACAAAACAAAAAAUGGCAAAAACUUUGUUUACAAAACCCAAAAUGACAAAAGCUUUCUUUACAAAAUGAAAAAUAACAAAAACUUUGUUUACAAUCUUCAAAAUUUUAAUUUUUUUAAAUUUCAGGACUACGAAUACCUAGAAUCAGACCUGUCGACACACUACAACCCGAACAAUGUCUACUGCUACGUUAUGGAUUUGAAAGCGGAUUCAGUGUUCAAGUCGAGGUUAAGAGUUCUGUCAUCUUGUUUCCCAAAUGUCAUCGUACCAGACACCGAGUUCAAUAUGACAUCGAGAGGUGUCAAUCUAAACUAUGCUCAAUAUCAUUGUAUGGAGAUGAUGAUGGACCGCCAGUGGAGAUAUGUCGUGUUAUUGGAGGUAAGUUGGAAAGAAUUUUGUUUACAGAAUAAAAAAAUGGCAAGGACUUUCUUUACAGAAAGAAAAUUGGCAAGAACUUUCUUUACAAAACCAAAAAUUACAAGAACUUUGUUUACAAAGCGAAAAAUGGCGGUCAAUUUUAUUCAUCGUAUAACUUGUCACCUGCAGGCUGCCUAACAUAAAAAUGACACAAUUUAGCUUUUUAGUGGCAAAAACUUUAUUUACAGAACAAAAAGUGGCAAUAACUUUCUUUACAAACAAAAAAUGGCAAGAAAUUUCUUUACAAAACGUAAAAUGGGAAAAAGUUUCUUUACAAACAAAUAAUGGUAAUAACUUUCUUUACAAAACGAAAAACUGACAAAAAAUGACUUUCAGAACCACGACGUGCUAACAAAGACAAAUGGUGAGCUAGUUCAAAUCUUUCGCGCAUACAAUGGCGCCAAUGAUGUUGGAGCUCUAAACUUGAACACUUUGGGCGCAGAUCGGCGAAAGUUUGCUGAGAUAAAUGAUUUUUCAUUCAAAGCGCUGGGUCUGUUCCAAAAUGACACUUUGAACACGGCCGAACAAACAUUGGCAAUCGCCAAGAGUAUAACAGCUUCUGCUUUGACAUUCGAAGCGGUUCGGCAUAUCUUCAAUGUAAGUUAUUUAAAAAUGAUACGGGCUGUGGGGGGGGGGCUAUGUUUUUAUGGGGAAGAUUAAUAUUUUUUUAGUUCGGUGAGGCGGUGGUUGAUUAAGCUAAAUCUACCAUUACCUACCUCUACCUUUACCACUUCACUUACCUUUACCACUACUCCUACUUUUACUUCUACCCUUACUCCUACUAUACUCCCAUCCUUCUCUUUAAUCCUAUCUCUACCUUUAAACCUACUCCUAAUACUAUAAUAUUAUUCUUGUAUUCUUAACCUUACCUCUACUUACUAGUAGACAUGAGGAACGGGUCGGCCUUGACCCAAACUUAGGUCGGGUUGGGCUUGAAAAUCAAGGUGUGGCUCGCUAAGCUUGCACUCAAGGUCUGGCUCGACGUAAAAAACUUGGGCCAGGCUAAACACUCAGGGCCGGUCUGUUCCUCAUAUUUACUUACCCUUACUCCAAUCCUUAUACCCCUGCUUUUACCCGAUCUCUUAUAUGUACCUUAUUUACCAAAUGGAAGUCAGUUCAUAUUUUAUUACCUAAUUUAAUAGAAAACUUAAUUUUCGCUUUUUCAGACUCUGAACACAACAAAACUGAUGAGUAUAAUGAACAGCGACAACUACGAACACGAAUCCUUUACCAGCUCGUUGAAUGCCAAUGAAAUCCUGAAUGUGCCGGGAGGAUUCACGACAGAAUGUUUGGACAAAAAGAAUAUCGAUCAGAUGGUGAGGUAGGUAUUUAUAACUUUUUUCAAGGGAGGAGGUUUAGAAAUUUAAAAAUUUUUGAAAUUUUGAAGUAAAAAAAACAUUUUUGGCCAAAAUUUGGUUAAUGCGUUUUGUGAGGCAUGAGAAGUUACACUUAUAUUCAAAUUUUUGCGGACAUAUAUUAUGUUUUGGCAGAGUUAUGGGCAUUUAAAAAUUUUUAAAAAAUUUUUGAAAAGUUUGACAACAUUUAGUUUAUACGUUUUGAGAGCUAUGGAAAGUUGUGUCAGUUUUCAAAAUUUCAUUUUCAUAUAUUGUGUUUUGGCAGAGUUAUAAGCAUUUAAAAAUGUCGAAAAUCAAAAAAAGUUCGAAAAUUCUUGGAAGCCACUUACUAAAAAUGGAUUUAAAGUGACAAUUCAAUUAUGAGUAGUAGACCUAUAUAGAAAUAAUGAGCUUAGAAAUGUCAUUUUCAUUGAUAUAAAAUUUAUUUUUAUGAAUUUUUCAAAAAAAAAGUUACAGUAAACCAAAAUUUUUUUUUAAAUUUUAAUUUUGAAAAACAUUAAAAUGAACCCUAAAAUACACAUUAUGACCGAAACAAAUGUCAGAUUCACAAAAUGGGGUGGCCACGGCUGUCAUUCCAAGCGUGUUCGGCACGGUGUUUGCAUUUUCGGAAUGUCCGACCUGCGACCUCGCCUCAUGCCUCUGCGCCAGUUUACGGUGAACAAAAUGAUGCCAUCGAUUGACUUUGGUGCUAUAAAUUGCUGGCAUGAACACUUAUUCAACCGUACUCAUGUUCAACGAAAUACGACGGUUGAUACCGUCUUCUAUAGUAACAUACCUUAUGUUCGGUGGCAUAACCAGAAAAUGAGUAAUACCCUGAAUAGAACUACGUUUGCAUGUUGA